AAAAUGUUGUCCUUCUCAUCAUCACAUCACACGGAUCAGUCUUCCAUCGCAACAACGAGUUGUACUUCCUUCUUUUUUCGUGCUUUUUAGUCACUCACUUAGGAACUUUCCUACCACUUUCACUUAUCACCAAUCUUUUGAAUCAAGAUGGCCGCUAUCGGAGCAGUUGCAACCCUCGGCGUCGCUAUGGGCAAUGUCGCCACCUUUUUGGGACUUGUCUCAUCGGGCAUUGGCAUCAUGUCGGCGAUCAACACGAAGCCUAAGGAGGUUGACUUCUAUACUAUCCGCAUGGAAAUCGGAGACAACCAAGAUGCCGCGGGCAACCCUCCUUCCAUCAUCCUGUCCGACUUCUCUAACACCCAGAUCUUUGGUGUCUUUGAGGGAAACAGUGACAAGCCCGAGGAUCAGUGCCGCAACAAUGGUGACCUGGAGCUGUUCAAGGGCCUCAAGAACGCCGAGGCGCCUAUUCAGAGCUUCAAGACCAACAAUGGCUUCAACCUCAAGUCUCUCGACAUCCAGCCUGGUGGCAAUGCUAUUUGUGUCUCCAACAUCAUUCUCAAGGGCAGCGAUACCCAGGCGAGACGUGACGAGGUCUUCAUCCCCGUUGGUGAUUUGGGAUUCCAGUGCGGCCGUGAGUGGAACUGGGGUGCCGUGCUUAACGGUGUUCGCCAGCGCUGCAUCUGGCUCGACGGUCAACCCGACGGCACCAACAAGCCCAUCCAGUCCCUGCACCUCGACAUGGAGAACCUCGCCGGCAUUUUCAACAAGGGAAAGAACGACACACUGGCCAAGACCACCUUCGAGCAGGCUUGCAAGUACAUAACCGAUAACGUUGGACAGAUCGCCAACCGCAACAGCUGCAAGGAGUCCUUCGGCAAGCGAUCUCUUUCUGGCAAGAACCAGACCAUCGACAGUGUUCCCUUCCUUGAAGAGCUCUCUGGCUUCUUCAAUGGCAAGGAAGAGACGCUGACCAAGUUUGCUGGUGCUCCGUUCAUCACCUCCGACAACAAGAUCUGGGACGCCGCCAAGAAAGCCUUCACUGAUGUUUCUCCUAAGAACGUUCCCGCUAAGCUUUCCCGACACUUCGCACGCAUGGAGCAGAAGAGGGGGUUGGCUUCUACCCUGAAGGGCGAGCGCUGCGAGUAUGCUGUCAAUGGAGCAUCCCCGGAGUGCAAGGUUGUCAAGGAAUUUGCCGUUGGCUCUGCUUGAUUUCGGACAUUUGAUUCUGUGCUAUAUCAGGAGAUUUUCUUGUCUUUGUUUAGCCUCGUAGAUUGUUUGUUUAGAUUUCUCGAAUGAAGCUUCAAGUUUUAGCAACCAAUGUUGAAUCUUGGGUCCCGUGAGGUAGUGAUUCAUUCACUCACACCCUGCCAAAGGUCAUCUUCUGCGUGUGACCGGUGGAAAGUGAGAUAUGGGAAAACUAAUAAGCUCUAUCGGAGCUCUAGCAAUCUGCAA